AUGAGAGGACACUUCUCCAUCGAGUGGAUGGCCCAGAGCAGCCAGCCCGCAGGACCUCAGACCGGAUCGGCCUCAGCCGGACCCGCAGCCUGCGGGACGCAUGCGGAGAGUCUGCCUGGGUUUUACUGCAGGCAGAAGUCAGAGAAUUUACCUGAGCAGCAGGAAGAGAGCCGGAGUCAGAGUCUGGAUUCAUACAGCCCGAGCACUCUGCAGCACCAGACGUCUCACAACCAUCCAGUGUCAGAGGCCGGUUUCAGCAGCGGGACAGAGGAGGAGACGUCCGGCUACGAGAGCGAAGGGGGUCGUUCCCUCUCCCCCGCCACCUCCCCUGGCUGCGCCCCCGCCUCACCGCCGUCCCCUCCCUCGGGCAGGAGACCCCGUACGGCCUUCACGGCGGAGCAGAUCAGCAGCCUGGAGCGGGUGUUCAAGAGGAACGCUUACCUGGGAACACAGGACAAGGCGGAGCUCUGCAAGAAGCUCAACCUGUCUGAUAAACAGAUCAGGAACUGGUUUCAGAACCGGCGGAUGAAGCUGAAGAGGACCGUGCAGGACGCCCUUGCUCACGCCUGCCAGGCAAACGUCGCCUCUCAGUUCAUGCAUUAUCCCGAGCUGCAGGCCUACAGGCCGGGACCCUACCCCAGAUACCACUCAGCGGGGGCAUCGGGGGCAGCGGCGGCGGCGGCACAGGAGUCCCCGGCUGCCGCCUCCUACGUCCACCCGCACAGUCUCCAGUUCAGCUCCCCUCUGCCCAGCGUCUCCACUCUGGACCCCUUCUACCAGUACAGCGGCCUCCCGGGCGUCAUGCUGCCCUCGGCCACAACUCAGCUCAUGGGCUCCUACCCGACUUACCCUCAGUAUUACUAA